AUGAAGGCUCGUAAACGGUUUAAUAACCAUAAACAAAGCUACUCAGCCCGUCACACCAGCCGCCCGUCACACCAGCCGCCCGUCACACCAGCAGCCCGUCACACCAGCCGCCCGUCACACCAGCCGCCCGUCACACCAGCAGCCCGUCACACCAGCCGCCCGUCACACCAGCCGCCCGUCACACCAGCCGCCCGUCACACCAGCCGCCCGUCACACCAGCCGCCCGUCACACCAGCCGCCCGUCACACCAGCCGCCCGUCACACCAGCCGCCCGUCACACCAGCCGCCCGUCACACCAGCCGCCCGUCACACCAGCCGCCCGUCACACCAGCCGCCCGUCACACCAGCCGCCCGUCACACCAGCCGCCCGUCACACCAGCAGCCCGUCACACCAGCCGCCCGUCACACCAGCAGCCCGUCACACCAGCCGCCCGUCACACCAGCCGCCCGUCACACCAGCCGCCCGUCACACCAGCCGCCCGUCACACCAGCAGCCCGUCACACCAGCCGCCCGUCACACCAGCCGCCCGUCACACCAGCCGCCCGUCACACCAGCCGCCCGUCACACCAGCCGCCCGUCACACCAGCCGCCCGUCACACCAGCCGCCCGUCACACCAGCCGCCCGUCACACCAGCCGCCCGUCACACCAGCCGCCCGUCACACCAGCCGCCCGUCACACCAGCAGCCCGUCACACCAGCCGCCCGUCACACCGUCACACCAGCAGCCCGUCACACCAGCCGCCCGUCACACCAGCAGCCCGUCACACCAGCCGCCCGUCACACCACCAGCCCGUCACACCAGCCCGUCACACCAGCCGCCCGUCACACCAGCAGCCCGUCACACCAGCCGCCCGUCACACCAGCAGCCCGUCACACCAGCCGCCCGUCACACCAGCAGCCCGUCACACCAGCCGCCCGUCACACCAGCCGCCCGUCACACCAGCCGUCACACCCCGUCACACCAGCAGCCCGUCACACCAGCCGCCCGUCACACCAGCCGCCCGUCACACCAGCCGCCCGUCACACCAGCAGCCCGUCACACCAGCCGCCCGUCACACCAGCAGCCCGUCACACCAGCCGCCCGUCACACCAGCAGCCCGUCACACCAGCCGCCCGUCACACCAGCAGCCCGUCACACCAGCCGCCCGUCACACCAGCAGCCCGUCACACCAGCCGCCCGUCACAUCAGCAGCCCGUCACAUCAGCAGCCCGUCACACCAGCCGCCCGUCACACCAGCAGCCCGUCACACCAGCCGCCCGUCACACCAGCCGCCCGUCACACCAGCCGCCCGUCACACCACCGCCCGUCACACCAUCCGACCGUCACACCUGCCGCCCGUCACACCACCCGCCCGUCACACCUGCCGCCCGUCACACCAGCCGCCCGUCACACCAGCCGCCCGUCACACCAGCCGCCCGUCACACCAGCCGCCCGUCACACCACCCGCCCGUCACACCACCCGCCCGUCACACCUGCCGCCCGUCACACCAGCCAUACGUCACACCAGCCGCCCGUCACACCAGCCAUCCGUCACUCCAGCCGCCCGUCACACCACCCGCCCGUCACACCACCCGCCCGUCACACCACCCGCCCGUCACACCACCCGCCCGUCACACCUGCCGCCCGUCACACCAGCCAUACGUCACACCAGCCGCCCGUCACACCAGCCGCCCGUCACACCAGCCGCCGGUCACACCAGCCGCCCGUCACACCAUCCGACCGUCACACCAGCCGCCCGUCACACCAGCCGCCCGUCACACCAACCAUCCGUCACACCAGCCACCCGUCACACCAGCCGCCCGUCACACCAACCAUCCGUCACACCAGCCAUCCGUCACACCAACCAUCCGUCACACCAGCCAUCCGUCACACCAGCCAUCCGUCACACCAGCCAUCCGUCACACCAACCAUCCGUCACACCAACCAUCCGUCACACCAGCCAUCUGUCACACCAACCAUCCGUCACACCAGCCAUCCGUCACACCAGCCAUCCGUCACACCAACCAUACGUCACACCAACCAUCCGUCACACCAACCAUCCGUCACACCAACCAUCCGUCACACCAACCAUCCGUCACACCAACCAUCCGUCACACCAACCAUCCGUCACACCAACCAUCCGUCACAACAACCAUCCGUCACACCAACCACCCGUCACACCAACCACCCGUCACACCAACCAUCCGUCACACCAACCAUACGUCACACCAACCAUCCGUCACACAUCAACCAUCCGUCACACCAGCCAUCCGUCACACCAACCAUCCGUCACACCAAACAUCCGUCACACCAACCAUCCGUCACACCAACCAUCCGUCACACCAACCAUCCGUCACACCAACCAUCCGUCACACCAACCAUCCGUCACACCAACCAUCCGUCACACCAACCACCCGUCACACCAACCACCCGUCACACCAACCAUCCGUCACACCAACCAUCCGUCACACCAACCAUCCGUCACACAUCCGUCAACCAUCCGUCACACCAACCAUCCGUCACACCAACCAUCCGUCACACCAACCAUCCGUCACACCAACCAUCCGUCACACCAACCAUCCGUCACACCAACCACCCGUCACACCAACCAUCCGUCACACCAACCAUCCGUCACACCAACAACUCCGAAACCAAUAACAAGUAA